GGCCGACCUAACCUAACUCGACCGGGCGUGUGUACACACACGCCGCUUUUUCACCCGGAUCGCGGUGAGGAAACAAGCUGUAUCCCGGUCUAUUUGCUUCCGAGUGUUUCCCCGAUGUAUUUACGUCGUGUAUCUGUUAUGCCGGCUCUGUUCCUACCCGCGCACACACGUACGUAUCAGAGACGAGGUAGAGAGGAUGGACGAGGCAGUCACCACGCCGCCUACGUUUAAACGGAGUUUCUUCGAGCGGAUCUACUGCGUGGAGUUUUCGCCGUACGAGUGGUCGCAGCACCUGAUCUGCAUCGCCCUCGCCAAGGAGAUCGUCGUCGGCACUGUCAGAUUUCAGGAUGAAGACGACGCCGUGGAAGACAUGGCGUAUAAUCCUAUCAGAACGUUUAAUCACGAUGCCAGGCCUCAUGCGAUCACCUGGAGUCCAGAGACCUCCCUAAGCAUCGUCCCGAAGAUCCUCACGUUCUGCGUUGCUGGAUCAGACUUCAAAAUAAGAUUGUACAACAGUAAUCUGAACGAUAUCAAUGUGUACGAGAUUUUAGAAGGUCACAAAGAUUAUGUAAACGCAAUCUCCUAUGAACCAGAGGGUGAAUUAUUAGCGUCGGUCUCCGACGAUCAUACGAGUAAGCUGUGGGCGGUUAAGGAAAACCAAAAGUGCGUGUCUACAUUUUACUUGACAUCACCUGGUAUAAGCGUAUGUUGGCACAACGAAGAAUCCGGCAAGCUCUUAGUAGCGGAAAAGAAUGGUUUAAUACGUAUGUACAACGUCAGGAGCCAACAAGCGAUCAUGUCCCUCGACUCUGGGGCCGUUCCCCUAACUGCAGCUGAUUGGGGACCAAAUCCUUUGAAAGUCAUCUCGAUGGCUGCUGGAGAAUUGCUGCUUUGGGACUUGUCCAGACCCAGUCGGCCUCUUGAUGAACGAACGCUUCAUGUGGAAGGUGGUUUAACAGCAAAAAUCUCACAUGCGAAUGAAAACCUGGUGUCAAGUAUUGGAUGGCCGGAUAAUUUGUUGAAGGUUGUCAAUUUAAGAUCGAAAGUAGUGGUAUUAUGCGGAAAGGUGAAAUUAAUCGGCGGUAUGACGUGGCAUUAUAAAUUACCCUAUGUCUGUGCUGGAAGUGACAGAGAGCUAUGUUUUUGGAGAAUAAAUAUAAAUUAGGAUA